GUGUAGAGCGACUCUUCUUGUUCUGCAAGUUUAAUGGCGUGAGAGAGUGUGUGUACAGUACCCCUACGGGUGGGUUCCCAGUAACCGUAUGAGAAAGUUGAAUCUUUGCAUGCUUCACCAACUCCUCUCAAAUUAAAACCCAGAUAGAUAGAUAGAUAGAUUUAUGUGAUCGUUUUUUUUUUUUCUUUUGAAAUGCAAAUGCGAUUGUGAGUCCCAUCAUUUAGAUUGUUCAACCCCUCCACUACCCUAUCCACACGACGUCGUCUGGUCUCAAUGGGUUUUUCUUUUUCCGUUCUGGGGUUCCACUGAGUGUGUUAGUUUUGUUUGAAAUGGCGAGAGAGACGAUAGAAAAAGUGAGAGACGAUGUGGAACUGGAGGAGGAGCUAGAAAUGUUGCUGGAUGAGAUCCCUCACGCCACAUCGCACAAUCUCCUUCGCUAUCAUCAUCAUCAUCGGCAUGGUCAUGGUGAUGACGAUGGCGGCGCUUUCGUAACGAAACAGACACAAUAUGGUCAUGGUCAUGGCCAUGGAAUGUAUUAUGAUGAUGACUUCAAAUCCCCUAUAAGUGGGUUUUUUCUGCAAUCUGACGGUUCUUCUUCGAGUUUGUUCUCGUCAUCGCCUCCUCCUUUUGAGGACCUCAAAUCCAGCGUGGCUUCUAGAAGCUCCUAUUACCCCAACACCACCACCACCACCACCAACAACAACAGCAACCUCUUCUUCGAUUCUAAGAUCCCUGAUUCCACUGUCAAGCUCAAUGAGGCUGAGAGGUUGGUUCAUGAACUAAGCCUCUGCGCCAAUUUCAGCAAAAUGCACGUUGCUGAUAAUAAUAAUAAUAAUAAUAACAAUAGACGCCACAAUCCCAAUGUGCUUACGUUUCGUGAUUUUGUCAAUCAUGUUCACAACACGCGUCGAGGUGGGGACUGUACCGAUUUUGAGAGAGGGUUUUGUGAUUCUGUGGGGUUUCAAUCCCCGUUUACCAGGACAAGGAGUCCUAUCGCUCCUGCUGCUGAGAUUAAUUCAGCUUUGUCAGGAUUAACUCAGGAUCAUAAAAUACCUAAUUUAUUUGGAUCAUCGCAGCAGCCAUGUACCGGAUGGCGUGAACAUGAUAGUAUGGUCUCUCAAUUGAAUGGAUUCAGUGCUGGUUCAAUGGAUUCUCUGAGGCGCGGAAGCCAGCUGAUGAACGACUACCAUUUUAGGGGAGGCAUGGCACCGGAGCUUGUUGGUUCCUUGAGCAGGAGUUCGGCGUUUGAUUCUUCAUUUUAUGCGCAGAAAUAUGCAAUGAAUUUAUUGGAAGAAAGGGGGGGGUCAAGAUUGCCUAACAAUUCUUUCUGUGGUAAUUUUAAGCCUUGUGUGAGUGUUCAGGAGUUGCUGCAGUAUGGCCUUUUUCAGCCUAAUCCUAAUGCAAGAGGUGUGCCACUUUCAAAUGCUAGGAUCCCCCAAGGUAAUCUAGAUGCUAUUACAAGUGAGGGGAGUUUCAUUAUACAAGGGGAAGGUUUAAAUUAUGUAGGGGUUAGUAGGGGUUCGGAUCAUUCAUGGUGUCAGCGUGCUGUGCUCGAAAGUGGCUUUGCUAAGCAGCUACCGAGGUCGGAGCUAGACAUCCAACACCAGAUUACCGGAUAUGAAAAUCCUAGGAGUCCAAGGAACGCUUGCUCAUUCCCUUUGCUACCCAAUUAUAAUUCCCUAGCAGAAGCUCAAGGGUUGAUAUAUUUAAUAGCCAAAGACCAGCAUGGCUGUAGAUUCCUGCAAAGAAUAUUUGACGAGGGUACACCGGAAGAUGUUCAAGUGAUAUUUAAUGAGAUCAUUGAUCAUGUCGUGGAACUUAUGAUGAAUCCUUUUGGAAAUUACCUAAUGCAGAAGCUGUUGGAUGUCUGUGAUGAAAACCAGAGAAUGCAAAUGAUACUCAUGGUGACCGAGGAGCCAGGGCAGCUUGUCAGAAUCUCUUUAAACACUCACGGCACUCGCGUGGUUCAAAAGGUGAUUGAGACUCUUAAAACUAGGCAGCAAAUUUCAUUAGUUGUAGCAGCUCUUGAACCAGGAUUCUUGGCCCUCAUCAAAGAUCUUAAUGGAAAUCAUGUGGUUCAGCAUUGUUUGCAAUGCCUAAGCAAUGAAGAUAACAAAUUCAUAUUUGUUGCUGCUGCAAAGUAUUGUGUUGACAUUGCAACUCAUCAACAUGGAUGUUGUGUUCUGCAAAGAUGCAUUGGUCAUUCAAGAGGGGAGCACAGAGAAAAACUGGUUGAAGAAAUAUCUGCUAAUGCACUUCUGCUAGCUCAAGAUCAAUUUGGAAAUUAUGUUGUUCAAUUUAUCUUAGACUUGAGGAUUCCUUCAGCCACUGCAACUUUAAGCUUGCAAUUUGAAGGUAAAUAUGUGCACCUGUCAAUGCAGAAGUUCGGCAGCCAUGUGGUUGAAAAAUGUCUUGCAGUAUUCAAUGAUGAGAAUCGAUCAAGAGUCAUUCAUGAACUGCUCUCUGCUCCUCACUUCGAACAGUUGCUUCAAGAUCCACAUGCAAAUUAUGUUAUUCAAUCAGCUGUUCGACAUUCUGAGGGCCAUGUGCAUAAUUUACUAGUCGAAGCCAUUGAGUCCCACAAAGCAAUUUCACGGAAUAGCCCAUAUUCCAAGAAGAUUUUCUCACAGAAGCUUUUGAAGAAAUGAUGUAUAUUAUCUCCUUAGCAAGAACUGUUGUUGUUCUACAUUAAAAAUCAUUUUGGAGUUUGCCACUGAACAAAUGCAUUGCAUGGUUAUUUAACUGUAAGUUGGGAUGCUAAUAACCAUACAAAGGAGUCAAUCCGUUUAGAGUUGCUUAUCCUUCUGCUCAGCUAAUAUUUUGAAAAAAAUAGAGUAGAGAAAAAGAAAGAGCAGACAAUUUUGCUCCCAUUUAAAAUUUACUUUUGAAUGUACUAUUCUGUUGUCUUGUAUCUCAACUUCAUGGAUAUUAUUACUAUCAUCCUGUUAAUUAUGGCAUUAUCACCGGCUGAGAAUGUACAGCCUAUAUUGUUUAGGAUGUUUGGUGUUUACUGUAAAAUAGUACGAGGAAUCUCUCAGAAUAACUUCCUUUGUCUUGUGCGCAAGGGAAUGAAUGACGCCUGUUAUUAUAUUAGCAA